UUGCAGACCUCAUUCUGUCCCGAGUGUCGCAACGGACGUGGCUUCCGUGAUACAACCAAAAAGUCUCAACGGAAGAAAGCCUCCACUGCUGCAGCAAAGACCACAUCAGGCGUGCCUGCUACAGAUCCGAUGUCUUCAAGGAAAUCGAAAGCUGGAAUGAGUCCCAGCAAGAAUCUGCCGCAUGGAGAGCAUAAACAUUCCAAAGGGAAACGUGCUGACAGAGGACCCAAGGGAACCUCUAAGGAAGCAAAGGAAGCUCAGUCCUUGAAGAGCAAGGAAUCGUUACAAUCAUUACCUGAACCAUCUAGGAAAGGAGAUCAGCCCACCCCGUCAAUGCCAUCUGCGUCACAAAGUCAGCCGCAAGAACAUCAACACGCCACACCUAAGGACCAACCAAACGGCACGCAAAAACCAGCAGCUCACGACAAGCAAUUAGACCCAAAUGCAUCUGGUCCUGAACACCAUCAUGGCUCAACGAGAAAGUCGAGGUCCACCGCGGCAAUCCUAGCAGCCACCGCCCUUGUCGCUCUUCUUACCAUCGUUGUCGCCCUGUGGAUCUACAGCCGUUACAGCAAAGCACAGGAAAGCAAGAAGAUAAAGUGCAAGACAACGGAAUGCAAGCAUAUCCUGGACGAAAUCAACCAACAACUCAACCAGGACGUUGAUCCAUGCAAGGAUUUUUACAGCUACAUCUGCCAUAAAUGGAUAUCAGGGCCGAAGAGCGGUUCACCUUCGGGAUUUGUACAAGACGUGUUCGAUGUUUAUGACCAUACCCUCAUAACGGCUCUCAAGGCUCCUGGCACCCGGAAGCCACACAGAUUCGGACUGCACAUUAUGGUAAAACUGUUUGGGGUGUGUGAGGACUACAUGACAAACGACAAAGGAACCCUCUCAGCUGCAGUGGGCCAGAUCAUCGACUUAAUGAAAUUCGACAAGGUUCUCAAUCAUGAGCAAAAUAUACUGACAUUCCUGGUUGAUGAGUCGCUGACGCGAAAUUUGAAUUCCAUCUUCAUGGUCCGAUACCAGCGCACUGGAAAUUCCAAAUAUUUGCAAAUCGACGUCGGAGACACUAUUCACUCAAAGAUGUUCGCAGUCAUAACUGAGGAUCCUCCAGAUACCAACACAAACACACCGUAUCGCGAGAUAAUGAAGGAUAUGACGUCAGCAUUUUUGACUCAUCCUCGAGUCCGGUCCAACAUCAAACCGGAUACUAUACUAGACCUGGAUGUCGAUGUCUACAAAGCCCUCGCUGUGAAGUACCCGGCAAAAAUUAAAACAUUCGACGAAAUUGCGCAAAUAUUCGGACGAGACUUGGUGCGCGAGUUCAUAGAUGUCAUAAACAAGAACGCCCCGCAGGACUUUCAAGUGGGGUUCAUUAGUCGAGUCAGAUUCUCAAGACUGGAGUCUCUGGAGAAGGCGAUCGAUAUUCUCGAGAAAGAACAUUCCGAUGUGACAAGUAUAUACCACCUCCUCAACGUCGCGACUACUCUACUGCGAUUCACUGCGUACAGGGACUUUGUGAAGACACACACUGAGCUCGUUCCCUUUAUGUGCUUACGUGCAACGAGGAUUGCCUUUACGAACACCUGGCAGUAUCUUAUAGCCGAUCUGAUCGGCCGGCGAAGUCGCGGAAAAGUAGCAAGUGAGCUUGCGACGCGUGUCAGGGACAUGGCCCUGGAAGAAACAGUCUUCAAAGAGUUCGAAGCCGUCGAUCGAAAAAGUGGCGAAACAGUACUGCGCAAUACGAGAUUGCUUACCUACUAUGGCGGAGGAGCUGAUAGACUGAGCAAGUAUACUGAUUAUUCGUCGUGGACUUUGGAAGGAACAAACGCCUUUGAGAUGUUUAUAAAAGUAGGAGUACAGGAAAGAUUGAUGCUGCGCCAGACCUUGUCUCUAGAGAGGAUGAUCAGAGCCAGCUGGGACCAGCUGAAAAGAGAGCUGAAGUUUGAUGGCGUUAGGUACCUGACGGUGCCCACAGCAUUCCAAAUUCCACCCCUUUUGUACUUCGAAGAGGCGAACGAGAUUCCACUUUACAUCAACUUAGGAACAUUGGGCGCUUGGAUAGCGAAGGAGAUGGUACGUGCUUUGACAACGAAGCUUCAAACAUCCAACAAGGCGACCGCUACACUUCAUAAGUCUCUAACAUGCGUCAAGAAAGUUGCAACGGUGCAGGGAUUAAACCUGUCGGCCAUCACCGGAAGUGGCCUAUGGUACAGCGAAGCAGUUCUGUGGUACUACGGUCUUCGCAUAGUUCACGAGGGUCUCAGGCGUGUAGUGCUCAACAUGGGCGAGUCUACCACUGGCGACGUCUGGAAAGAAGCGCAGCAUUAUCUUUUCAUCCGUUUCUGCAUGACGGCGUGCACGUCCAGAGGGGGCGCUUCCGGGGGCACACCGAUGACCUUCAAAGAGCGCUGUCUGGUUCCAGUUCUGAGCAACCCAGAUUUUGUGAGUACCUUCGGUUGUGCCGGGAGCUGCGCAAGUGAAUCGCGAGCAUGACCCUGGGCUCCGAGGACGCAUGCAAUAUGUAUAAGAUGUCAAGAAAAUAAGUCUUUCAA